AUGCUCACAGCCUGUGGCUUCCACCGUCACAUCUUCAACUAUGAGCGACUGGAAUCCUUGUCCAUCGUCUCGGCGAUCUACCUCUGUGACCUCUGCCGUCAGGUGGCCAACACAGAUGCGGUGGUGCGAGCAACUCUGCUGGAGGAGAUGAUCUUCUCGGUUCUUACGGAUGCCUGGGUGGUGUAUCUGGAAGAUCCGCGCCUCGCUCCGCAUCUCGCGCUGAUGUGCUCGGCGUUCUGCUACCAUUCCGACUCACACCAGGAGUUCGUCCUGCAGGGAGGUGUGAGGUUGGUGAUCCAGAUGUACACCAAGUCCAAGGUGGAGCACGUCAGACUGUGCUGCCUGCUAUGUCUGCUGUACUUGGCAGAAACCGGGCAUUCCCAGCGCAGCAUUGCCCAAGAGAAGGGCGUGAAGAUGCUUCUCACGGCCUGCGAAAACGAGACGCACAUCGACCUUAUCGUGAAUGCGCUGAAGGCCCUGAUUCCUUUCGCAUGCUCCGAUGAGUUCCGGCCACAGCUGGGCAUGGAUGGCGGCUUGGACACCUUUUCGGCUUUCAUGUUUUCCGACCAGCUGCAACUGCAGCAGCUGGGAGUCUACUUGCUGCAGAACCUUCUGGAGUUUCGGGAGAAUCGCCGCAUCUUCCUCGGCCUGUCUGAGGAAAGGAAGUGUGAGGAAGACUACCUGGAUAGCCUGCUGCGAUUGCUGCCCAGGGUCAGCACCGGCCAGCCGAACCGUAUCAAAGCAAUGAAGAAAGAUGGGAAGGACAAGAGCGACCCUGAGCCGAUCUUGACGAAGCACGACCCCUUCGUCCUCAGGUGCUGCAUCCACUGCAUCGCCCUGCUGAGCCUGGAGCACCACUUGGGGAGCUUCCAGCGCUUUGUGGAUCUGGGGCUCAACAAGCUACUCUUCGACCUUUUCUACUCCGAGCAGAUCGACAAGUCCUCGGGAGAGGCAGUUGUCCUUUUCUUCGCCAACAUCUUGCACAGUUCGAAGCAGAUCCAGGCGCAGGUCAUGAAGGGGGCGGAUGUGGUGCAGCUGCUGCUUUCGGCGAGGGAUAUGCUCUUCUCGCCGCACACGGUGUCGCGAUGUCUGUCAGCACUUCUGUGUAUCUCGCGGGUGCCCGACUUCAAGAGGGUCGUCCUCAGCCACCUGGACUUGCUGAUGGCAGACAUCAAUGCAAAUCUCAAUGCCGAGGAGCGUGACGAGCACUUCUACCAGAUCGCCGCCUUGCAAUGCGCACUGCUGUCGGAGCUAGCACGGGCCUCCUACGAGUAUCACGAGCGCAUGGCGCGAGCUGGCAUGGUGGAAGCGCUCUUGGUGUUCAUCACGAUUGCUGGCAAAGGCCUCCACGGUGAAGUCUGCAUAGAACUGUUGAUGGGCUCCGUCUUCGGCAUCGCAGCACUGGUCGGCUCGCCCACGAGCGGUGAGCAUUCCAUGGCAAGUCUGAUCUUCCCGGCCACUCGCAUGCAGCUUCUCCUGUCGCUGCUGCGGCUGCCGCAGGAGGAUAUCAACGAGGCCUUCCACUCGGGAACUGUCGGACUGCGCACGUUGCAGCGUGUCAUCUACCCCAACAUCACGCCGGAGGAGCUGCAUGUGGAUCAGAUGGACCCGCUUAGCUUUAUUGGGAACUGUCCCAUCAAGCCCGCGAACUUCAUUUAUCGGAAUGUGAUCCGCACGAUGUGUCUACUCCUUGCUCACCAUGAGAUGGGCCCUAGGGUGCAGCAAGCCAUCACCCCGAGCAACGUGGUUCCCACGUGCCUCUUCGCCCUGUCUGGAUGCGAGGACACCUACGUGCAGGUGUAUGGCUUCCUGCUGGUCGCGAAUUUCUCCCGGGACAGGAGCCUGCUCUAUAAUUUCCUCAACGAGUCUGGCGUUAUCAAUGAGCUGCUCACGACGAUUAGGCGAGCCGGACCCAGCGCGAGCCAGCCCGAGGCGCCGCUUGGGGGGAGCUCUGGUUGA